AUGACUCUUCUCCUCAAUCAUCUAGAGCAGAUAUCUGGCUCAGCUAGGAGCAUUGGGGAACUGCAGUUUCCUCCCCCCAAGAUUUUCACAAAUGCACUCCUUGGAAACCAUGAAAUAACUACUCUAAUACGCGACACCGAGCCUCAUGAAAGAGCGCUCUUCUCGGUCGACCCAUAUGCGAAGAAUUUGCCUGCCCAGCGGCGGUCUCAUCGUAGAACUACGGCAUUCUCCUCGGAUGAAAAGGGAGGGCAUGCUUUGUUCAAUGCGGGUCCGAGAAAACAAUCUGCUGUAGCAAGAGUCCUUGGGUCACACAUGUUGCAAGAAAUCGAGGCUACAAGAGGGCAUGCCUCAAACCAGAAAUCAGGGCGCUCGGGAGGUGUCAAUGUGGAAGUGUUGCUGAAGGGUGCAGAAAAGCUUUGUGCCGUGUAUCCUGUCGUGGGUGCGCCAGAGAGGAUUACGUCUUUGCGCAGUCGUUUCAAGCAAGUAGCAGAAAGUGUGGCAGUGUAUGAGGCCCGGGUAGCCAGCCAAACAGCUCAACUCAGUCGCAUGAACAAGAGUCUCGACAGCAGUCAAGAUCACGAAGAUGAGCAUCAAGACGAAGACGCAGACGCGAUUGCUUCUGCCAAUUCUCAGCACGGAGCUGCCCCGGUCACAGACGAAGAGUUGCGAACAGAAGAGCAAGCGAUUAGGGAACUAGAACAAAAGAAGCGUGAACUGGAGGAACGGGUGGCAAGCAUGGAGAAGGACCUGGGUGGUCUUCUACGCUGA